GGGGGUACCUGGAUUAUUGGCAAACUGUAUAAAUACACCUUUCAGCCGGGAUGGGCCCGGUUAAUUGCAGAUAAGCAUUCGACCUGGAAACAUGGGCACGUCACUCUGUUUGGGCGUUCUGCUAUGUGUGUGCAUAGGUAUGCUGAUUCCUGUGGCACAGGGCGACUCGAAGGCACGCAUAGUGUGCUACUUCAGCAAUUGGGCUAUCUAUCGACCGGACGUGGGACGAUACACUAUCGAUGAUAUUCCCGGAGAGAUGUGCACUCAUAUCAUCUACUCGUUCAUCGGCGUAGACGAUAGUAACUACAAGGUACUGGUGAUCGAUCCAGAAGUCGAUUUGGAACAGAACGGUUUCCGUAACUUUACUCAGCUCAAGACAAAGUACACAAACGCCAAAUUUAUGAUCGCAGUCGGCGGAUGGGCUGAAGGUGGCAAGAAAUACUCCGAUAUGGUAGCGGUCAAAGAACGACGAGAUUCGUUUAUUGAGAGUGUGAUCCAGUUCAUGAAGGUUUACGACUUCGAUGGGUUCGAUUUGGACUGGGAGUAUCCAGGGGCCGCAGAUAGAGGAGGCAGUUUUGGUGAUAAAGACAAAUUUUUCUACUUUGUUGAAGAAUUACGUCGAGCAUUCGAUCGCGUUGGUCGUGGUUGGGAAAUUACUAUGGCAGUACCGGUGGCCAAUUUCCGACUGCAGGAGGGUUAUCAUGUACCGGAAUUGUGCGAAAAUCUAGAUGCAAUUCACUGCAUGACAUACGAUUUGAGAGGAAACUGGGCUGGAUUUGCCGAUGUUCACAGCCCGCUGUACAAGCGCCCGCACGAUCAAUGGGCUUAUGAGAAGCUGAAUGUUAAUGACGGCGUUCAACUGUGGGUCAAUUAUGGCUGCCCACCAAAUAAACUGGUCAUCGGCGUCCCGUUCUAUGGAAGAACGUUCACACUUAGCGCAAGUACUACAAAUCCCACACUCGGUUCAUACAUCAACAAAGAAGCUGGUGGAGGUGAUCCGGGUCCAUAUACCAAUGCUACUGGUUUUCUAGCGUAUUAUGAAAUCUGUACAGAGGUGCAAGAUGAGGAGAAGGGUUGGACCAAGCAGUGGGAUGAUGUUGGGCUAUGUCCGUGGACUUAUAAGGGAACCCAGUUUGUGGGAUACGAAGAUGUCGAUUCGCUUAAGCAUAAGAUGAAGUGGAUCAAAGAAAAAGGAUACGCCGGAGCGAUGACCUGGGCGAUAGACAUGGAUGACUUCCGAGGUCUAUGUGGACCGGAGAAUGCUCUCAUGAAAGUACUUUACGAUGACAUGAAGGACUAUGUUGUGCCUGAACCAACCGUAACCACGACCCCAAGACCCGAAUGGAAUCGGCCACCUUCAACUCAACCAAGUAUUGCGGAUGUACCGUAUGCUGGAGGUCCAACUACCACCACCACAACUCGAAGACCCAAACCAGUCGCAGCAUCAACUACCCCGAAACGAACAACAACUUCCAGACGAACCACAACUCGACCGACAACGGAAUCACCUUACAUUGACAGCGAAGAAGUCGACAAAGAACCGGAACCAGUACAACCAGCACCAGUGGCUUCAGCGGAAGAAACUGAUGCUGUCGACUGCUCUAGUGGGGCGGACUUCGUCGCUUCCUCUGAUUGCACCAAGUAUUACCGAUGUGUUCAUGGCAAGCCGGUGAUGUUCGAUUGUAAACCUGGAACGGUGUAUCAUACCGGGUCGAACGUGUGCGACUGGGAGGAAAAUGCAGAUCGAGAGGAAUGCAGGGGCAAAGUGAAAACAGUGAACGACAUCGCAUGGAGAAACGACAUCGGCGAACUGCUAAAACAUUGACAUGAAAAUCGAAACAGAUUUGCUAUUAACAAUAUUUUGAUAUUAAUAAAAACAAAAAUUAC